AUUUAUUGACUAUAUGGAAUCAUUCGGACUCACUUUAAUUAAUAAACUAAAUAAAAAUUCAACUAAUGCUAAAACGCAGAUCGACUAUUGUUUUACUAAUGGGAAUGGUUUGAAAUCUGAUUAUUUUGAAAGUCUAACAAGUUUUCAUAAACCAAUAUGGAUAAGAAAGCGUGAAAUUUUGACUGGAAUUCAUGUUGAUGAAAUUAAACAAAUUCGUACAGAUAUACCUUUUAAUCUGAAAGAUCUUAGAAUUUAUGAUCAGUCUGAUAUGAUGGAAGUCGACGAGGAAUUUUCUUCCGAUCGUUAUAAAACAGUUGAUGAAAACGAACAAACUGAUAUAGAUACGACUUUUAAUCUUAAAGAUCGUCACACCAAUGAUCAGUCUGAUAUGAUGGAAAUCGAUGAACAAUCUUCUUUUGCAAAUUAUGAAAACAUUGAUUCAAACUCAAGAAAGAUUCUUGAUCACUUUCUUCUUGUACCUGAUUUUAAUAGAACAGCAGGUGGUCAUUUAAAAUAUAUAGGAUACAAAUCCGAUAUGAAUAAAUUAGGAUUUUGUAUUUAUUACAACGGUACUCAUUAUGAUGCUCUUUUACCUUUUCAAGAUAAUCCUCAACAGUUUUUACCACAUUUUGACUUGUUUAAUAUGAGUUUAUAA